GACUCCAGAAGGUGAUCAGUUGUAGAUGUUCAUCAGGUGAUCACUUUCUGUAAGCUUCAUUCAAAUCAAUCCAGUGGGUCAUGAGAUAUUUUGCUAACAGACGCGCGCACACCAGGACAAGAGCAAUCCUUCGCCUGAUGUAUGUGAGCGGCUCAGUUCCAACUUGAGUCAAUUCAACAUUUCUAAUUAAUCAGCUCGGGUGGGAGCGACGGUGGGAGGCAGCAGGACGAGGAGGAGGUCCUCUUCCUCUCAGGCGGGACUCAGGGGCGCCCUCUGCCGGGAAGACUGCGCGCGGACAGCCGCCGCUCUCCCGGAGCUGAACACCGGACCACUCAAUCCACGCGGGCGCAGUUCAGGAAUCAGGACUCACACAUUCCUCCUCCAAGGAGCGGAGCCAGCCGAGCAGCAGCAGCCGCGUUCGGCGUCCCUCCCCGACGGCACACCGAGGAAAAAGGGACGGAGGACCGGGACAAGCUGCGAACUGCACCACCCCCCUUUUUUACAGAGUUCCAGGACAGAAAGGAGAGUUUCCAGUUAACCCCGCGGCUGGGGGGGUUAACGCUGAGGCGUCGCUGCCGACAUGGAGAAAGUUGUCAAUUGCUUGUUUGCAGCUCUAACCCUGCUGCUGUCCGUGCAGGCGGAAGUUUUUAAAGGCGAUUGUAACUUUGAGAGGCCGCUGGCAGCGUGUGGAUACAGCCAAGGCCGAGACGACGACCUUGACUGGGAGCAGGUCAACACCAGAGAGAAGACUUCAUCAGAACCAUGGAUGCCCUCAGGGACAGGGUUUGUGAUGGUGAACACAUCCGGACGCUUCGCGGGGCAGAAGGCCUUACUGCUGACGCCUCAGCUGAAGGAGAACGACACGCACUGCGUCAUCUUCCAUUACUACAUCGGAGGAAGGGACAACAGCCACCCGGGCCACCUGAACGUUUACAUCAAGGAGAACAACAGUCCCAUGGGGAUGCCGGUUUGGAACGUGUCGGGCCCAGCCUCGCGCUCCUGGGGCCAGGUUGAGCUGGCCAUCAGCACCUAUUGGCCCAACUUCUACCAGAUCGUGUUUGAAGCCAUAACCUCGGGGCAGCGUGGCUUGCUGGCCAUCAAAGACGUCGUGGUCCAGGGCCACCAGUGCAUGAAUACGCCACACUUUCUGACUAUAAAGGGAGUGGAGGUCAAUGCUGGGCAGACUGCAUCUUUUCACUGCACUGUCAACGGACGCAAGAGGGACAACUUUCGUCUGUGGCUCCAGGGCAUCGGCGGACGGGAGGCCCCCAUGAAAGCCACUAAACCCUGGAACAACCGCCGCUUCAUCGGCACGUUCGACGUGGAGAACACGACCAAGGGCGACUCGGGCCGCUACCGCUGCAUUGUCCACUCGGACAAAGGAGUUGGAGUGUCCAAUUAUGGCGAACUAACCAUAAAACAGCCUCCGGUUCCCAUCGCGCCACCCCAGCUGACGGCUGUCGGAGCCACCUACCUCUGGAUCCAGCUGAACGCCAACUCCAUCAACGGGGACGGCCCAAUCAUCGACCGGCAGGUGGAGUACCGGACCGUGUCGGGCACCAUGUAUGACCUGCAGCCCGUAGACAAGACCACACACAAGAUCGGCCACCUGGAUCCAGACACGGAGUACGAGAUCAGUGUUCUGCUGACCAGACCUUUGGAGGGAGGGACCGGAGCCCCCGGACCUCCUCUGAGGGCCAGAACCAAGUGUGCAGAGCCCAUGCACGGCCCACAGCGUCUGGAAGUCGUCGACAUCCAGUCCAAGCAGGUGACCAUACGCUGGGAGCCACUGGGCUACAACGUGACUCGCUGCCACAGCUACAACCUGACCGUCCAGUACCACUCCAGGGUGGCUGGUAAGGAGGAGACCCGGGAGGAGGUGUGCUACGACGCUCAGAGCCGGGAUCCUCAGCACACCAUUCUCAACUUGACACCCUUCACAAACCUCAGUGUCAAGCUGGUCCUGCGCAACCUGGAGGGGGUCAAAGAGAGCACCGAGCUGGAGGUUCAGACUGAUGAGGAUGUCCCAGGAGCUGUUCCUCUGGAGUCCAUUCAGGGUAGUCCCUAUGAGGAGAAGAUCAUCCUGAAGUGGAGAGAACCAGCGCAGACUUACGGGAUCAUUACUCAGUAUGAGAUCUCCUACAAGGCGGUGAGCUCCUUUGACCCCGAGCUGGACCUCUCCAACCAGAGUGGGAAGGCAGUGAAGCUGGGCAACGAGACCACCCACAUGUUCACAGGCCUCUACCCAGGCUCCACGUACUCCUUCACCCUGCGUGCCAGCACAGCCAAGGGCUACGGCCCCCCUGUCAUAACCCAGUUCACCACCAAGAUCUCAGCUCCCUCCAUGCCAGCCUAUGACCAGGAGACCUCUCUGAACCAGACGGAGAGCACCGUCACAGUUCUCCUUAAGCCCGCCCAGAGCCGAGGAGCACCCGUCAGUGCGUACCAGGUGGUGGUGGAGGAGGAACGUCCACGCAGAGCGCGGGGCACGGCGGAGAUCCUACGCUGCUACCCGGUUCCCAUUCACUUCCAGAACGCCACGCUGCUGAACUCACAGUAUUACUUCACGGCCCAGUUCCCCGCCGGCGGCAUCCACUCGCCCCAGCCCUUCACCGUGGGCGACAACAAGACCUACAAUGGCUACUGGAACGCCCCUCUGCUGCCACAGAAGAGCUACAGUAUCUAUUACCAGGCUGUCAGCACAGCCAAUGGGGAAACCAAAAUCGACUGCGUUCGAGUUGCAACCAAAGCCGCCAUCCUCGUGACUCAGCUUACGACCCCCUACAUCCGCAUGGCCCCGGCAGCUGGUGACAACCAACUAACAGGAGCAGCCACUCACAAACCCGACGCAGUGGAACCGGAGAAGCAAACCGACCACACGGUAAAGAUCGCGGGGGUCAUCGCCGGGAUCCUCCUCUUCGUCAUCAUUUUCUUAGGCGUGGUGCUCCUCAUGAAGAAAAGAAGAACCUAUCACUCCUACACUUACUACCUGAAAUUGGCCAAAAAGCGCAAGGAGACCCUGAGCAGCACCCGGCAGGAGAUGACGGUGAUGGUCAACUCCAUGGACAAGAGCUACACGGAGCAGGGGACCAACUGCGACGAGGCGCUGUCCUUCAUGGACACCCACAGCCACACGCUGAACACGCGCAGCGAGUGCGCGCUCACGCUGAACGCGCGCAGCGAGUGCGCGCUCACGCUCAACGGCCGCAGCGAGUGCGCGCUCACGCUCAACGGCCGCAGCGAGUGCGCCCUCACCGUCAACGGCCGAGUUGGAUCGUCGCCGUCCUCCUUCACGCUGCCAAAAGGCAACUCUCUGACUUCAACCAUCCCCACCAACUCCUACUACCCAGAUCCUUUUGUGCCGACUGCGAUCUUAGUGCCCAUUAAUGCAGAUGAGAGUCAGAACAUGGGCAGCGACACCAGCAGUCUGGUGCAGUCGCACACCCACUCGCUGAGGAAGCGGGAGCCCGUCGACGUGCCGUACCAGACGGGUCAGCUGCACCCGGCGAUCCGCGUGGCCGACCUCCUGCAGCACAUCACCCAGAUGAAGUGCGCCGAGGGCUACGGCUUCAAGGAGGAGUACGAGAUAAACGAGAGCUUUUUUGAAGGACAAUCUGCCCCGUGGGAUUCUGCCAAAAAGGAUGAGAACCGCAUGAAGAACCGAUAUGGGAAUAUUAUUGCAUAUGAUCACUCCCGUGUCAGGCUGCAGGCCCUGGAGGGGGAACAGAGCUCCGAUUACAUUAAUGCAAAUUACGUUGAUGGCUACCACAGGCCAAAUCACUACAUCGCCACUCAGGGGCCCAUGCAAGAGACCGUCUUCGAUUUCUGGAGGAUGGUGUGGCAGGAGAACACAGCCGCUAUUGUCAUGGUGACCAACCUGGUAGAAGUGGGCAGGGUGAAGUGCUGCAAGUACUGGCCCGAUGACACGGAGAUCUACAGAGACAUCAAGGUGACGCUGAUAGAGACCGAGCUCCUGUCCGAGUACGUCAUCAGAACCUUUGCUGUGGAGAAGAGAGGAGCCCACGAGAUCCGAGAGAUUCGACAGUUUCACUUCACCGGCUGGCCGGACCACGGCGUGCCCUAUCACGCCACGGGCCUGCUGGGGUUCAUUAGGAGGGUCAAGACCAAGACUCUGAACAAUGCCGGGCCCAUGGUGGUUCACUGCAGCGCUGGGGCCGGUCGGACGGGCUGCUUCAUUGUCAUCGACAUCAUGCUGGACAUGGCGGAAAGGGAAGGAGUGGUGGACAUUUACAACUGCGUGAGGGAGCUGCGCUCGCGGAGGGUCAACAUGGUCCAGACCGAGGAGCAGUAUGUCUUUAUCCAUGAUGCCAUUUUGGAGGCGUGUCUUUGUGGCGAUACGACCAUCCCCGCCAGCCAGCUCCGCUCCGUCUACUACGACAUGAACCGCCUGGACCCGCAGACCAACUCCAGCCCCCUGAAGGAAGAGUUCAGGACUCUGAACAUGGUGACUCCCACGCUGCGGGUGGAGGACUGCAGCAUCGCCCUGCUGCCUCGGAACCACGAGAAGAACCGCUGCAUGGACGUCCUGCCGCCGGACCGCUGCCUGCCCUUCCUGAUCACCAUCGACGGGGAGAGCUCCAACUACAUCAACGCUGCCCUCAUGGACAGCUACAAGCAGCCCUCUGCAUUCAUAGUGACCCAGCACCCACUGCCGAACACAGUGAAGGAUUUUUGGAGAUUGGUGCUGGACUACCACUGCACGUCCAUAGUGAUGCUCAAUGAUGUCGACCCGGCUCAGCUGUGUCCACAGUACUGGCCAGAAAAUGGAGUCCACCGCCACGGGCCCAUCCAGGUGGAGUUUGUCUCCGCCGACCUGGAGGAGGACAUCAUCAGCAGAAUAUUUCGGAUCUACAACGCAGCUCGGCCUCAGGACGGUUACCGGAUGGUGCAGCAGUUCCAGUUCCUGGGCUGGCCCAUGUACAGGGACACGCCCAUGUCCAAGCGCUCCUUCCUCAAACUCAUCCGACAGGUGGACAAGUGGCAGGAGGAGUACGACGGGGGCGAGGGCCGCACCGUGGUCCACUGUCUAAACGGAGGGGGCCGCAGCGGGACGUUCUGCGCCAUCAGCAUCGUGUGUGAGAUGCUUCAGCACCAGCACUCUGUGGAUGUUUUUCAUGCAGUCAAAACACUGAGGAACAACAAGCCCAACAUGGUGGACCUGCUGGACCAGUACAAGUUCUGUUAUGAAGUGGCUCUGGAGUACUUGAACUGUGGGUAACGUGGAGCUCCUGCAGAAAUGACAAGCGUGGAGGCGGUACAAAAGACUGCAGCUCACAUGUGUGCAUUAUGUUAAAAUGAGUGUGUUACAGAGCCAACAGGGGCCAACAGAUAACACACUUGACCCUUUGCAGCCCCCUUUGACCCCCCCACCCACCACUCCUUCAUGGCCUAGACGUGGGGUGGGGGGAAGGUAGCAGGAGUUGUACAGAGAUGAGUUUUUCUGGCUUGAGAAGUCAACGGGAGCACAACAAGUUCUUUCUUCUCCUGGAUCCCUCUUUCUUCCUGUCCUCAUCCUCUCAGCUGCCCGUCGUCUCGUUGGUUGUUGCCUUGAUCCUCGCUGGACGACGAGCAUCAAACGCUCUCCGGCUUUUCCACGGAAUGAGCUCGGCUGUACAUAAUUCAGCGUGUCCGUUUGUUUUUGCUUUCUGAUUUCUGUUUUUGCUCAGCUCACUGUUUGAAAGUCUUUAAAUGUUACUACAUGUCCUGUAAAUCUGAAGACUUUUUACCACGACUGUUGCUUCAUGUCGGGAACCACGUCUGCUUAACCUUAUUUCCUGUUCGGGGAUUCAAAGCUUUAUUUGCACUUCCUUGAAUUCUUGUUGUGCAUAUUGUAAAUAUUUCUGUAGAUUAUUUAUUCGCAGUAUACGUACUUUUCUGUGACUCGCAGUAAGUGACAAUCAUAUGUUCUAUAGGUUUUGGUUUGUUGACUGUAUUGUGCGCUUUUUUUAUUUUGGAGGGGUCAUCUCGGAUGACAGAGAAAAUCCAUUGUAAAGAAAAAGAUAUACAUAUAUAUAUAAAUAUAAAUGUAUCUACAGAUCUAAACAUUGGAUGAUGGAUCUGUGCCUCGCCUCAUGUCUGAGUGGAGAGACGACAUUAGGGCGACACCUGCUGGAGGGAAGAGGAGCUACAACCACAGUUUUAACUUAGUUUUAGUUUUGACGCUACACUGGUGAUGAAUGGACUCUAUCCAAGUUUAUAGCUUAUUUAUGUAAUUUCACAAGCCUGUGACUCCACCAGAGAAAUUAAUGCAAUGUAAAGGCUGUAGGAAUGUCAGAGUGCAAGUUUUAGAAAAGAUUUCAAAUGUUCAUGGAUAAUAAGAGGCAAACUGUUGCAUCUUGGCACAAAACAAAAUGAUAUUUUUGGAGAGUUUUGACUCAAAUACAGCUGGUCUUAAAGCAAACGGGACAUAUUGAGAAGUUAAA